AGUGAGGGAUUAGGGAGGAAGGGGAGGCAGGGGAAGCAGCAGCAGCAGCAGCAGGAGUUGGCAGCAGCGCAUGUCAGUCUCAGUUCUCAGGAUCAGUUGUAAACAAACACGAUGGAGGCCAAUCCCAGCCAGGAGCGGCGAGUGAAGACCCUACGACGGGAGCUGGAGGGCUGGCGGGAGGUGCUGUGUGCCCUCCACUCAGUGCUCAUUUGGGAGAAGCACUUCUUCCCGGCCAUCUCCGUCUCUGCUGUCACCUUCCUCUUCCUGAUCAUCUGGUACAUUGAGCCGUCAAUGCUCACACUGCUCUCCAUCCUUGGCAUCAUCAUUACCUUGUGUGACUACUUGGUUCCUCAGGUGGUGCCAUGGGUGGUUGGUGCACACUACUGGACUGGAGCACAUGAGCGAAAAUAUGAGCAGAUCAUCACCUCCAUUGCCUCCCUAUUCUGUCUGGCCUCCUCCAUGUCACAGACGCUCACCUCCAUGAAGGAAUCAAAGCCCAGAACUUACUUUGUGGUGGUGACAGGCAGCCUUCUGUUCUUUGCAUGGAUUGGAAGCAACAUCAACAAUCUCUUCCUCACAUAUCUCAUUGUGGUGUUCCUGGUGCUGCUUCCUGGCCUGAAACACCAAGGCAUCAUCAAGAAGUACUUUUCCACCAUCAUCAAAGCUGUAUCCAGCAUCCUGAAGGGCCCUGCUACAACCAAAGGGGAAGGCAGUGAUGGGGAGUCCAAGAAGAAGGAGUGAGUGUGUCUGUCUGUCUGUCUGUGCUCCAUCAGCUUUGUCAAUCAGACACAGAUAAAGAGUUGGACCUGCUGGUAUUGUGUGUGUGUGUGUGUGUGUGUGUGUGUGUGUGUGUGUGAUGGAAUCUUGAAAGUGGUAAGACAGACUUUCUUUCAUAUGGAGGAGCAAGGAGUGUGAAGUAAGGUUUAGUGUGUGUGUGUGUGUGUGUGUGUUUGUGAGUGUGAGUGUGUAUCUUCUUGAGGCUUUACUUUCAUUGACAAGCAGAUGUGAGGAGUAGGAGGAGUGGUUAAGUUAGCAAGAAACACUGCUGCAUGGUGGAAUGCAGCUCAUAUUUCAUAUAAUGCUCCUAAUGCAACAAAUUUUGCAGUAACUUGGCUUCAGCUCCAUAUUUCUUGCAUUUGCACUGUAUUUUUAACCUGUGGGAAUCAUAUGCAAGAAUGUUAAAGAUAUAUGCUUUUAUUUUAUUCUUUUUAAUUUAUGCUGACCUUAUCUUUCUAUGAUAUGCAAUUGGUAGUAUGCUGUGAACAAAGGCAUGGUAGGAUGUUGAGGCCAUAGGCUGUACGAAGCACCUUUUUAUUUCACUAGCAGGUCAACAUUAGGAGAAGGACACUGAGAGCAACCUUUUGUUCUCCAGUGCCAUUUGUUGAUGUUUCCCGGUGUGCUCUAUUUCUCCCAGUGAGCUUUAAAGUCUUAGGUUUGCAAGGCAUUAUUAGAAAUACAGCAAAGUUGAAAUACAGGUAUAGUUUUCAUGAAAGCAACAUCAUCUCUUGAUUAUGACUUCUAUUACCACAAGCACUGGUCUUCAUCUCUGCAAGGAAGUGACAUGUGCUGUACAGAUAACUGAUUGACUGUUACUGGAUCAGGCAAGCUGGUGUUCAAAGGGAGAACUGAAUCAGGGGUGAGGGUAGGAGUGGUGACACAGCUCUUCCCCUUAAGUUGGUUUUGUCUCAGUGGUCAGUGGCCGUGGCUGUGAAGUCAUCGUAUUGAGAGUAUGUAAGCUUGUCUUUCUCUCUGAUGGCUUGAGGUCUGUUGCCUUCAUUGUAUAUCCAUAAGGGAACAGUUAUUGGGUGGAAAAAAUGUAUCUUGUGUCUUGGCCGGAACAGGAAUAGUCAAGAUAAAAUGUUAGGUUUUUUAUAUGCAUUUUCCUUGCUAAUCUUUGCAAUUGAGGAGUUGAAAUAAUUGGAUGAAAUUUGUAAUUUUCAAUAUUUUUUCUAAGAUUAAGUAAGUUUCAUUGAAUGGUAUUGGUAGCAUAAAAGAAGCAAGUAGCAGGUAUGGUCAGUCACUUGAGUACAUCAGAACAUGUGAAGCACAAAUAUUUUUUGAUAGUGUGUGCUAAAUGAAAGUGGAGUGUAGCUGUGUUUGGUCUGUCAGGGAUGUAUAUUGUCCAGCCAAGAUAUACCCAAAACCAACCUUACCCACUGCAAUUAUGGUAGUUCCUGGAUGUCAACUCUUGGAAGGUUAAGAAGAGGAUAAAGAAAUGGGUCUUCUCAUUUGUGGCAUGUGUUAAGAGCAGUAACUGUCUCCUGUUUAGCUCUGUGGCUUCCAUGUUCAGAGAGGAUUUUGGUGUGUAAAAAGGGCCUCACCAUGCAUCUGUGUUUGCCGAGUGAUUGUGUGUUGCUUCAUGCCUCAGACACGAGGAAAUAGUUUUGUUUUGGUGUCCAGUCUUCAGUGGAUGGAUAACUUUGUCACAGCAAAAGUACCAUCACUCUCUCAAGAAGCAUUCACUGUCAGACAGGCACAGUUGCAUGGUAGUGCCUUAAGGGACCACAUCUGUGAAAGCAGGUUCUCCAUGUUUGUGUCAUAAGAUGUUGUGCUCUCUUGCUUCAUGCCUUUAUUGUCUUAGCCUAACAGUUUGAAUCAUUGUAGGUGUUCCUAGGUCUUGUUAGAGACACUUUAGAUGUAUAGUUUGUAAGCUAUCUUCUGUUGGUACAGUAAUGUGAAGUACACAAAUCAGAUGGCAUUAUGUGCAAAGCAUUUUGGCAGUUCUAUAUUGAUGUAAGCACUGGAGUAGCUGGCUAGAAGUUAUUUGUAUAAUAUGUAUUCUGCAGCAAUGUGAGUGAAGCUAAAGCAACCACUACCUGUGAGGCUCAUCCACUCACACCUGACUCUUGUGAGGCAGUGCAUUAUGGGAGGCAGCCAUGACAGCCAAAACAUUGGCUUAGACUCAAUAGAAAUUAAUGCUCUAAUGUUAUAGAUAACUGUAUAGCUAACACUAAUAAGUGAUCGUAACACCCAAGUAAACAUGGAUUGGUCUUCACCAGUCUUCUAAUGAAUUAGAAUGUACAGUGGAAUGACUUUCAUAAUUGAGACAUCAUUCCAUUCUGGCCAGUUGUUGAAAGGGAUUUGGAGUGCCUAGAUUAACUUAAUCUGAGUUCUUCUCCUUGCUUGUCACAAGAUGAGUAGACAAGUGUGGUGAUUCAGUACAGAGGUACAAAAUGCAUGGUCAUUGAUUGUGUAGAUGUGUGAAUUCAAACUCCAUCCUUGCUGGAGUAGAUUUAUCAAUGAUACAGAACUCAUAUGAGUGAUUUGUAAGCCAGACUUGUAAGAAACAUUCGUGGCCACCACACUUGCCCAUUAAUUGUGUGACAAUGCCUUAACAUUGAAUGAUUCCUAUAAACAAAAUGAUUCAGAAUUCACAAAACUAAAUAGAUGCCUAGUCUUCACUGUGUCCGUGCCAAAAACUGCCCAGCUAACACAAUACAUGAGUGGGGGCAGGCCAGCCAUGUGCAGGGAUGAGCUUCAGGUUGGGUUGUUGUGCUGAUCAGGUCACACAAUAAGUUUAUGAGUCACUGCUAUAGUGUAAAGUUUUUUAUAUAUUAUUUUAGUAGCUUUAUAAGACUAUAGAAUUGUUACCAAGAUAAUAUUCUUUACUUGAAUACUAUACCUAUCUUUGAUGUUGAUAUUACAGUAAACCCGCAGUACAUCAAUCUAUCAACGGGAAAACCACUGACAGUAAAGGCAAAGACUAAGGAAAUACAGCGGUUGGAUUCUUCCUGACCUCGCUCCAAACACACACACACACACAUACCAAACUUUGUUUGGUAUAUGAGAAGAAAGUUCAGUACACCAAAAUGAACCUCAAAUAAUAUUGUUUGGUAAUUCAAUCACUAUAUAAAUCAUACAUUAUAUACUUUAUUUUGAUAUAAACAAAACAACAAAUCUUAUGGAUUGCUACACAUGCAUGUGUGCAGCGGUGGGUGAGUGUGGUGUGCACUCACCACCACCACCUCCACCCUACACUCCCCUUUCCCUUCCCACCCUCACUCACUCCCUGCUGCCGCCACCGCUGACCAAAUGUUCUGCCUCAUUUACCAAAAUAAACCAGAUAGACGGUCAGUGGGCCAAGCUACAUUUGAUGAGUGCUACAUUUGACAUGAUAGUGUUUGAUGUAACGAGGGUUUACUCUGUACUCUAGUAGAUAGUGGAUUUGAUAUAUUUUAUGUCAAUAAUGUGUAUGGAUGUGUGUAUGUUGAAUUUUGAAUCAUUAUUUUAAGUGUGAAAGAGCUCCAGGGAUGUACUAUAAGUCCACCAAGAUUUAGGCAUCAGUAAGACUGGCUGCUGGUCUUGUUUAAGUAAGCAGAUGCCAGAUGGCUGCUUUGUAUGUGGCAGUGUAGUUUUUGUACUCCUGCUGCCAGUACUGCUUUCCCAGAGUAUCGUAUUUAUGUCAUUGUUUUAUUAUUAGGUAAGCUGCUUGGUGUGUGUGUGUGUGUGUGUGUGUGUGUGUGUGUGUGUGUGUGUGCGUGUGUGUGUAUAAGCAGCUUUACAUGGAUCUAUUUCCUUAUUACGCUGUGAUGGAAGUCUUUCUCCCAACCUUAAAUGUUACUGUUAUAUUCUUGCCUUUUGUGUAGAAUUAUUACUUGAUUUCCCGGUGUCCUGUUGUACAAAUUGUAUGUAGGAACGCCUUAGGCCGGUUUAUUUGUAAGAUGUGAGGACACAAGAUGUGUUCUUCCUCUCGUAUCAGCAAAUUUGUUGUUGUGUUCAGUUCCUGAGACUUAAAUCUGCUUACUGUGUGCCUUAAUUUAAUUUUCGUCAGUAUGCUAUGUUUAUUAAACCACCUGAAAGCUUUUGUUCACUAUUGAUUUACUGGUAAUGAUGGCAGGUCAGAGUGAAAGAGGUAGAAAAGGACAUUUCAAAAUUUAAUUCCCUGGUGAAAGGUGCAGAAGUGCUGAGAAUGUGGCUUCAGGCUCAUCCUCCUUUGUUCAUUUGCGUACCUUGCUGAUGCCAUGAGCUGUAUGUAUGUCUUUCUGACACUUGGAGAGGCAGCUUGUGUGUCUCUGGAGUGUGAGGUGUGCAGGCAGCUUGUGUGCUCACUUUGAACAAGAAACGAAAACCACUGUGAUCUAAAGUAACUGAAAAAAAAAAAAAAAAUGGAUAGGGCAGACCAGCCAGCCAUUUUUGCUUGUGUCCCUUACAUGUAUAACUUUUUUUAAGACUUUGUAUAUUGCUAUGAUACAACUUAUCCUUGUGAGAAAGAAAGAGGUGUUGCUACAGUUUGUUUUCUGUGAUGGUGCAGUGACCAUCUUUGUUAGUGGCUGUCUGUGUGGCUUCAUGAAACCAUGUGGACACUUUUCAGCACAUGUCCUCAUCCUAACACCAGUAGCAGUGUCCACCACACCACCACACCUCCUUUCCUCUAGCUUCAAUCACCACUCCUAUGUGAUGCAUUAGAUGACUACAGGGGACAUACUAUUGUAGUAGAUCUUAAGGAGUAAGCACUGUCACCCAUUCCACUAAUAUACUUACCUUUGAAAAUUCAGGGCUUCAUUUAUCUGGUGAAAAUUAUUUAAAAAUUUAUCCUUUAUAAUUAUAUGACUAGGCAUCCUCUGGUGUAUUUAUAUUGUAUGCCACGUUUGUCUGUACCACGCUGUAUGAUUGUAUCUUUGUAGAAGACACAUUGACUCAUGCAUUGAUGUUAUUGAUGUAGAUUUAUGUUAUAUUUGAGUAAACAAAAACAAGAGGUGGAGGAAAGAUAGUGUCUGAAGAGGUGAGGUGAAAAUGUGGAUUAGUAACAUCAUCAUAGUGGAUAAAAAUGAUAAAUGAGCAGGAAGACAGUAGGAGAGACAACUCAGACAGAAGCAGAGGAAAAAUUACUAUUUCCCUGUACUGUAUUCCAUCAAGUGAUAGUCUCUGAGGAAAACCUGUAUGUACUUGAAACAUGAGGAAGUGACAGUACUGAAGUCUUGGGUGUGCUAUCCUGCUUCCCUCCCUCACCAAAGGUCAUUACAUAAAAGGAAACAAUCUCAGGUCACAACUAUAUGCACUAUAAAUCUGUUUAAUCCUCGCAUUGAAGGCUUUAUAUACCCAGUGUGUUGUAUCCCCAGUAAAUCUGCUAACAUCUAAACUCUUAUCGUUUCCAUCAAAGUUUAGGAACAUCCAAUUGAAUUCCCAAUCUUAACUAUCUCAAAAUGUAUGUAUUAUAUUACUGUCUGUCCUACCUUGGGAUUAUUGAGUGUUAUAUCCCAAAUCUGCCCACUACAUCACAUGCAGUCUUAUACAUUGGAAAUUCAGCCUCAAUGCCACAUGGUCACUAUAGCAAAACCAAAAUGUACUGACCCAUAAGGUGAGACCGAUAACCCUUACGACACUGCCAUAUAUCACUCUUUACUUUAAGGAAAACAGAGUAACAGUUCUUUGUUAAAUGAAGAACUGUUACUCUUUUCUUUGAAGUAAUGAGUGAUACAUGACAGUGUCGUAAGGAUUAUUGGUCUCACCUUAUUGGUCAACACAUUUUGGUUUUGCUAUAGUCAGCUUGGUGGUCCAGGGCAAGGCAGUGCAUGAAGGGCCACACCUCCCAGGCCAGACUACUGUUCCUCCACCCAUAUGCUAUGCUGUUUUUGGCUGUGGCGGUGAGAAAGUGUCCAUAUUUUGCUAGUCAGUUCUUCACAGGGAGCUCUGUUCAUGAAGUAUAUAUAUAUUUACAUCUUUUUGUAGUAAGGCAGUGGGGACAAAAGUAUCUAUAUAUAUAUAUUUGCAUCAUGUAUAUACUAUUGCUAUUUUAUUUUUCCUCUUUUUUUUCACUAGUAGCUCAGUGUAUUUUUCCUCCCCAUGUGCAUUGUGUGGGCGUGAUGGUCAUGUAAUAAAUAAAUGCAUGCACUUCUGAGGGUAA